AUGGAACAACAGGCUGUUGAGUAUAAUAAUAAUAUUUGCAAUGAUAAUAGUGAAGUAUAUGCAGAUAUAUUAUCUGGGGAUGAAAAUAAUAUAACAAGUGAAAGUGAUGAGUCAGACAUUAUUAUUAGUGGAAAAGUUUUACCUAUUGAAAGUAAUUCGGAGAAGAGCGAUUCCGAUGACGAAUUUAACAAUGACGAAUUUAUUGGCAAUGAUUUUUUUGAAUUACUUGUAAAGGAAACGAACAGGUGCCACUUGCAAAAUGUGAAUAAAUAUAAAUAUACAAAGAAGAUAAAACAAUGGGAAGAUACCACAAUAGACGAAAUGAAGAAAUUUCUUGCUUUAAAUAUUUUAAUGGGACAGGUGAAUAAGAGCAACUUGAACGAUUAUUGGUCUACGGCAAAGCAAAAUCUUUCAUUGGAUGAGGCAAUGACACCCCAUAGAGGUCGUUUGAGUUUCCGAGUGUACAACCCCGGCAAAAAAUCGAAGUACGGGAUGCUUGUCAGGUUGUUGUGUGAAUCUGAAAGUGCUUAUAUCACAAAUUUUAAACUGUAUAACGGAAAUGGGCAGAAAUUACAAAACCUUGUAGAAGAUGUUUUAGAAAACUAUGCGAAUAUUUGGCACCACGUUUAUAUGGACAAUUAUUAUUAUAGCAGUGUGGAACUGGCGGCAAAUUUACUAGAGAAAAAAAUUAGGCAAAUCGGAACAAUGCAAGAGGAGAUAAUAAAAUUACAAGGAUUAGUGGCUAAUAUGGGAACUUACCCCGUUGUUACAUCUGAUGAAGAACACGGUCUAGUUAUACAAUUCAAACAUUUGGAAGACUUUCAAUCAUUCAAUGAAAAUCUGAAAAAGAAUGAGUCUUUAAACAAAUACAUGGUAUAA